AUGGACACAUUGAACAUUCUCUCGGCAGGGCCAAAAAUCUAUGCGCGAAAACGAAAACGAAAGUCUCAGCAAGUAAAAGAGAUUGUGUUUGAUGAGCAAGCAAGAAGAGAAUAUUUAACAGGAUUCCAUAAGCGAAAAUUAGAGCAACGAAAAAAGGCAACCGAGGCAGCAAAGCUAAGGGCCAAGAAGCAGAAAGCCGAAGCUAAAAAAGCAUCACGCGAGAAUUUACGCAAACAAUCAAAAGAUCGGAUUGCUCAAAUCGAAACGAUUCUAUCCAAGCGUAAGGAAGAAGAUAAACAUGAUCCUCGUUCAGUCACUGUCAAACAAGAAUUUUCGGGUGAACAAAUAAAAAACGAACUGAGUACAAUGGAGAAGAUAUUUUUUUGA